AUGGAAGGAGCCAAUAAAAGAAUCGACAGAGCAAUGAUUAGUCUAGAUCGCUUAGAAGAGAACUAUAAACGAACUUCAGUUGGCUGUCUAGUGGAUUAUCUUUACAGUAAUGGACAUACUCCAAUAGAGGAAUUAAUUGAGUAUGUGAAAUCCAAACGUGAUGGAAUGGCUACAACCAGAGGCAAAAAAUUCACCAAAAAUGCCUUUGAAAUCGUUGACUUCGCUCUGAGUUGGUACCCAAAAAUAUUUAGAUUAGACGAUCAUUAUCACUAUUUUUUAAAUGUGACGGUUACAUAGGAAGAAGAAGCUUUAAAGCACUGGGAGCAUUUCAAAGAAGGAAGCAAGCAAAAGGCAAAAAUUUCGAAGCAGAAAUAUCGAGCCCGAAUUUUGGAGAAGACCCUUAAGAAGGAAGAAGAUAAGAAAAGGUUUAGAAAAAUUAAAAAUCAAAUUGAGAGCGACAUAAAAGGUUCUCUCAAGGACUAUUCUGUGAUUACUAAAGCCUACAUGAUUCUUCUGUCUGAUGAUAAAGAGAAGGUCGAUAGCUUGAAAAAAUGCAUAAGAGAUGCCUAUAUAUCUCUAAUAAGGCCUAGAUCUUAA